UGAGCAUCGAUUUCCUUAUGUACAUAUUACUAUUAUGCAGGUCUAAGACCGCAUAAAACUUCUCGACCCAUCCAGCCGUUACCAGCCACGCCGACCUUCUGCACGAACCCUCAUCUCAACGAACGUCAAAGAUGAAGAAGAGCAGGCCCGAGUCUCCACUCGUUCACCGUGACGACAUAGAAAGCUAUGGCUCGAUGCAAACACAUCAAGAUCAUGAUGAUGGAGCAAUCGUGAACGAAUCACUCAGCUUCACCGCCAGGAAUGCUGGGAUUUUAUUGAUCAUAUACUCCCAGUUUUUCUUUGCUUCCAUGGAUAUCUCGGUGAAGCUACUGAACGGCCUGGACCCUCCGGUGCACGCACUUCAGAUUAUCGUGAUUAGGAUGGGCAUCACCUUGAUAUGCUGCGAGAUAUACAUGACUGUUAUGGGGAUCCCUGAUCCCAUAGCUGGCCCUAAAGGUGUUCGAAUGAUGCUUUUCAUCCGUGGUGUCACUGGGUUUUUUGGGCUAUCUGGCAUGUACUGGUCACUCCAGUACUUGUCUGUCGCAGAUGCCACAGUCUUGGUUUUUUUAACACCUCUUACGGCAGCGGUGGCUGGAUCUGUAUUUUUGAAGGAGAGCUACUCUGUCAAGCAAGCUAUCGCGGGAGUUUUCAGUCUCCUCGGUGUCAUCCUUAUAGGCAGACCCGCAUUCCUAUUUGGCUCCCUGGAUGUUGUUCCUCAAGGACUCUCAGACGUGGCCCCUGCGCAAAGGCUGAUGGGUGUUAUGGCCUGUAUGGUCAGCGUACUUGGAAAUACUGGAGCAUAUACCUCGAUACGCGCAAUUGGGAAGCGCGCUCACCCGAUGCAUGUAAUGUCAUACUUUUCAUUAUGGUGCACAAUUAUAUCAUCUUUGGGGAUGGUUGUUUUUGAUAUUCCCGUUGUAUAUCCUACGUCAUGGAUGUGGAUACUUCUUCUGCUCAUGGUCGGUAUCUUCGGCUUUGCGGCGCAGACUCUUUUGACGAUGGGACUACAAAGAGAAACUGUGUCGCGUGGUGUCACUGGAAUGUAUGCUCAGGUGGUUUUCGUCGUGGUGCUUGAACGCCUGUUCUUCGGAGUUACACCGUCUUUACCGUCGGUUCUCGGCGCUGCCAUCAUCAUGUCCUCUGCUUUCUAUGUCGUCAUGAAAAAAGCAAAAACCUCACCAAGAUAGUGAGGCUGACAAUGCUGCAACGCAGAAGUGUGGGGCCCUGCUUACUCCGAGGAGUCGGAUAUAUUGAUCCUUCUGAGUCUUGCACUUUCUAAAAAUACUCCAGCACUUGUACAUUUAACGACCGUUAUUAUGUCCACUUUUUACGUUGUGGUGGGAAGUCAUCCUCGCAUGGUGUAACAAGAAGGACUGCAGGGGGAACCAAGGCCAGACCUAUAUAGCGGGAGGCUACGGCCCUAUCUAUGCAGGACCGACUACCACACGCCGCAGGACUCCUGCUCCUGCGCCAG